UAUACCUAUUAUAUGUCCUUCUCAUCUGGUAGAAAGCCACCCAUUUUUCUUCUUCAUGGCUGGCCCGAUUAUGUAGCAUUGUGGGGAGAUCUUGCAACGCGUUAUCUAGUACCAAGGGGUUAUGGUGCUAUUAUUCCCGACUGCUUGGGGUUCGGCGAUAGUUCCAAGCCUACCAGCCCAGAGGACUUCCAUUCGAUUGGAUUUACUAGCGACUUGAGAGACAUGCUGGAUGCCGAAAGCGUCAAAUCAUCGUUAGUGGGCAUGACUGGGGGGCGGGUCUCGCUCAUCGCUUCUACGCUUAUCAUGCUGAGCGCUGCUCUGGGCUCAUCAUAUUCAACGUUGCAGCAGCCCCGCAGCCUCAACGGUCUCUUAGCUUGGAGCAGUGGGCUUCAACGACGAUAGCAUCAAUGGGCUACUUCCCGGCGUGGUAUUGGUAUCUAUUUUGCGAUCCUAUUCUUGGGCCCUCGCUCCUGAAUCAGCACAUAGAGUCACUAUUCAUGGCACUACAUGCGGAACCGGAAGCUUGGAUGAAGACAAUCUGUGCUGAAGAUGGACUCAAAAGGUGGUUGCAGCAAGACGAAAAGGGCCACGUACAGCCAUACGCCACUGAUCAGAUGCGAGAGGAGUUUAUCAAGCGCAUGACCCGAGACGGUUUUGAGAGCCCGCUUUGAUACUACCGCUCAAG